UCCUUUUCUCAGCUAAUUCAACAGCUGACUUAUUUGAGCCCAUCAAUUCCGUCCGAGAGGCCAGAUAAGUUGGAAGAAAGCACAUUUCUCCCAUAGAUCUCGCACAAUAUCACAAGCACUGAUACGAUUUAGUUUUGACACCGUCCUCCAACCGAGUAGACAUUGUCCGUAAAAGUAGUUCCAUCUAAGAUACGGCUGCGUAUCUGUGAAAAAGAGAGUUUCACAAACGGAAAGACUUGCCGAAUCGUGCCUAUAAUAUACCUUCAUUCAGAAGAAGGCUUUCCAUGGCCAAGGACAGGUUACAAAAUGCAAAAGUGACGUUAUGAAAACAGAAGAGCAUGACUCGGUGUCCAGAGGGGACAAUUCUGGAAAUUGCCCCGAUUAGCGUGUCCAGACGAGAGACCUUCGAUCACGUGGUGUAGAUCUCUUCAUUCAGAGUUAGAGAAGACAAGGCCACGAACGACACUCUUAUUCGUCCAAUAUGGUAUCGUGUCUGGAAUGCUUUGGAGGCGGGAAAGGAGAUGAUCCACAAAGCACUUCCAAAUCGUUCAAAACGCGGCUUAAACGAGGUUUGUUAGUCCCUGACGAGGAAACCACGGAUAAAAUGCCGAGUCCAAGCAAGAUCCCUUGGGGAGGUAUCUUAGCAUUACUAGGAGGGUUCCUAAUCCAGCUCACAUUGGGGUCCUUUUACUCAUUCGGCAAUGUCAUGACCUACAUGACCUCCUACAUGAGGGUUCACGGGUCUCCCAACAUGACCUAUGGGGAUUUCAUUGUGGUCCAAUCGGUGUGGGGAAUGACCCAAGGGGCGAUAUUUCCGCUGUCUGGUUUCAUCAUUGGUAUCAUUGGUCCUCGUGUGGCCAUGUUUGGCGGAUGUUUCAUCUUCAGUUUGGGCUCAGCACUCACAUAUUGGACCUUGAACCACAGCUUGACCAUGGUUGCAUUUACCUACGGGUUCGUCUCCGCUUUUGGACAAGGCAUUGCCCUCAUUCCGACCAUGACCAUCGGCAUGAAAUGGUUCCCCAAGCGAAAGGGAAUGGCCAUGGGAGUGAUUGUGGGGGGUUUUGGCGGGGGAGCGUUCAUCUUCAACCAGAUUCAAACCGCCAUCUUGAACCCCGAAAACGUCAAUAUCGCCGAGAGCGGCUACUUUGAGGAUGAGGAUUUGCUCAAACGAGUGCCUGGAUUGAUGCUGAUCUUGUCCGCCAUUUACGUCAGUAUUCAAUUGGUGGCUUGUCUUAUGGUGACCGAACCCCCGGCGUGUCAAUUUCUGGAUAAUCGCAAAGAGUUGGACGGAUACGCGAGUCCGGUGGAUUCAUCAUCUCCAGUUGAAUCACCGGUCAAGCAAGAAGUGCUUAGUAAAGAAAGUGAGGCGUUCGAACUCGAUAUCACUCCACGAGAAGCGAUACGGAGGCGAGAGUUCUACAUAUUAUGGCUCACCCGGUUCUCAGUGGUAUUGGUCACCCAAACCAUCGCGGGUUUCUACAAAGCCUUCGGUCAGACCUUCAUCGAAGAUGACCACUUCUUGUCGUUGGUGGGAGCGAUUUGUUCCAUAUUCAAUUGCUCCGGAAGGCUCUUCUAUGGGCUGUUGAUGGACAAGACCACUUACCGUCUGGCCAUGACCACGGAGACGGUGGGAUUGUUCUGUUUGUUCUCCACCCUGUACGUCACGUCGAUCUUGGGUCAAGUGGGGUUCGCCAUCUGGAUUUGGUUGAUCUUUCUAACCUUUCCUGGGACGUAUUCAACACAACCCGCAGUCACGGUUCAGACGUUUGGACACAAGUAUGGUGGCACCAUUUACGGCUUUCUAUUCACGUCUGAUAUUGUGAAUAACCUCUUGGUGGGGAUCUUGAGCAAAAGUAUUCUCGAGGCCUGGGGCUACAUGGGCCUUUUCUUCAUAUUAGCCGCAUUUGCCGCAUUCGCAUUCAUCGUGACGUGCUUUUUCCCAUGGAACCCGAGUCCUGCCUUGUUAAGACAAAAAGAUGAACACAUCGCUUGCGAGGAGAUGGGCAAUGGGAAGGAUGUCAGUGCUUAUAACACGCCCAAUUGGACAAAAGACGCGAUUGCCCUCGAGAAUUGAGGAACCAAGUUGAACGCUACCAAGGUCGAGAUCACACUGAAUGAAUAAUACAAGGGCAAGUGCGUCUCUUCUUGGUGAGGUUCCAACUAAAUUACCAGAUUUCCAGUGACGAACUUUUGUGAGGCCGAGAGCCAUCGGCGCCCAAUGAUUUGAUUAUUGGAGGAUUUCCUCACUUCGAACCAACGGAUCUUGAGAGUAUUUGAAAGCGGUUUUCAGCCCAUUUACAUUCCUCAUUCUGAUUGUUCUUAGAAUCAUUCGGCAACAAAUGAAGAAGAACCACAUCAAUCACUUCAAAGACAGAUAAUCUUCUAACUGCUCAACCUAAGAAGAUUAACUGAAAAAAAAUAACCCCAAAAGCAAGUUUUCAAAAAAUAUGUUUACGGCUACCCUCCAUCAAAAACCGUCAUCCAAGUGCUUGGUAGGUAGGCUAAAACGCAAGGGAGGCAUUUCAAGUAUCGUGUGUAACCCCCCUUUGAUCUUGUACCAAGUCUGUGAUCCCCCUUUUAUGUGAAGGUCAACCUACGAAAAUAUAUAUUGUGUCCGCUAUGGAUAACGAUGCUCACCCUGCCCUAUUUAGCUAAAAUGAUUGUUGAGCCUUUUCAAUUGUUUCCUGACUUGUGCUGAAAUUGUGAAGUGAAACCGUAUCAACCUUGUAUUUCUUUCGUCUUUCUCACUUCGAUAUAUCAAUCAGGUCAGUUUUGUUUAAAGACCUUUUCCACCUCUAGCUCUUCCCAAUACACGGCGAAUCAAAACGAAUGAAUGAAAGUAUCUAAACUUUGAAUGAAAAUAGAUAUUCAAUUUCUUCUUGGA